GUUCGCGAUCAGUUAAAACAGCUUGUUGUCUACAGUAAACUGUUUUACAGCCGGUUUUCGGGUUAUAAACAUCGUAGAAGUUGGCACCUUUGAAACGCUUUGAAUUUUUUAAAUUUAAAAAGUCCAGUAUCAAGCGCAUUAUUUCUUAAAUCGAAUGUACAGCAAAAAUCGUCGAAAAAAGUUUGUGUUUCAUCGAGGUUUUUAAAGGAAUAAAAAAACUGUACGAUGCCGGAACGUUUCAAAGUUUCCCGGGCGGAAGAGGCGAAUAAUUACAAUAGUUUUAACGAUACACAAGAAGACUCCCAGUUUAGUAGUUACAGUGAUCCAAAAGACGACCAAAGAAUUAAAGAAAAACUCUUACCGCAACAGAGCCAAUACACAGGUCAUGACGAGCCGUACGAUCUUUACUAUGACACCGAAGAUGAACAAGAACGUCCUAGAAUUAGCACUUUUGUUCAAUCUUUGGCCAACUACUCAAAUACCAUUCCUCCUCCAUCCAACGAUCCGGACGCACCAGCUCAACCAAAAAAGGGUGCUCAGAUGGGCACCCUAGUCGGUGUCUACCUACCCUGCAUCCAAAACAUUUUCGGUGUUAUAUUGUUUAUUCGUUUGACUUGGGUUGUUGGUACAGCAGGUGUUAUCUGUGGCUGGAUGAUUGUUUUUACUUGUUGUUGUGUUACUAUGUUAACUGCUAUAUCCAUGUCAGCGAUAGCUACCAACGGCGUGGUGCCGGGCGGAGGAAGUUACUUCAUGAUAUCCAGAUCCAUAGGGCCCGAGUUUGGUGGAGCCGUAGGUAUGUUGUUCUAUACAGGCACUACCCUGGCUGGUGCCAUGUACAUUGUUGGAGCAGUCGAAAUUGUCUUGGUGUAUAUGGCACCAAGUCUAACGCUUUUUGGUGAAAUAUCAGACGAUACAGUGAAAUUUAACAAUUUUCGUGUUUAUGGUAGCGCUUUAUUGGUUGUUAUGGGUUUGAUAGUUUUUGUUGGCGUUAAGUUUGUCAACAAAUUUGCCACUGUUGCCUUGGCCUGCGUAAUAUUCUCUAUUAUUGCUGUCUAUGUCGGAGUUUUCUACAAUUUCAACGGCAGCGAUAAACUUUACAUGUGUGUAUUAGGAAACCGUUUACUCAAACUAGACGAUCUAAGCGAAUGUCACAGAAAUACGACUGGGCCUUUAUACAAAACCUUUUGUCCUAAUAACGUAUGCGAUUCAUACUGGCUAACGCACAAUCUCACCGUGGAAAAGGGCAUAAAAGGAUUAGCUUCUGGAGUAUUUUUCGAAAACAUUUUCCACAGUUUCCUCGAGCAAGGGCAGUUCAUCGCCAAAGGAAACCAGCCUCAAGACGUAGAUAACUUAGAAGAUAAUAACUAUUCGCAGGUGAUGGUCGACAUCACUACUAGCUUCACUAUCCUUAUAGGAAUAUUCUUCCCUUCUGUGACGGGCAUUAUGGCAGGGUCAAACCGUUCUGGUGAUCUAAAAGACGCACAAAAAUCAAUACCUAUCGGUACUAUAUGUGCCAUAUUGACUACUUCUACCGUUUAUCUAUCGUCGGUGGUAUUAUUCGCCGGUACCGUAGACAAUUUACUUUUAAGAGACAAGUUUGGUAGCUCUAUAGGAGGACGACUGGUGGUAGCUAACAUCGCGUGGCCCAACCAAUGGGUCAUUCUGAUUGGUUCGUUUCUCUCGACCUUGGGUGCUGGUCUUCAGUCUUUGACCGGGGCUCCUCGCUUGCUCCAGGCCAUCGCCAAAGACGAGAUCAUACCGUUCCUGGCACCCUUCUCCGUAUCAUCUUCACGAGGCGAACCUACCAGAGCCCUAAUUAUCACUUUGAUAAUCUGCGAGUGCGGAAUUCUUCUGGGCAACGUGGACGUCCUUGCUCCGCUACUGUCCAUGUUCUUUUUGAUGUGUUAUGGGUUCGUCAACCUAGCUUGUGCCUUGCAAACGUUACUUAAGACUCCAAACUGGAGACCGCGAUUUAAGUAUUACCAUUGGUUCCUUUCGUUUCUUGGAUUGUCUCUCUGCAUCGCAGUCAUGUUCAUGUCGUCUUGGUACUUGGCUCUGCUGGCCUUAGGAAUGGCUGGAGUCAUAUACAAAUACAUCGAGUACAGAGGAGCAGAGAAGGAAUGGGGCGAUGGUAUACGAGGACUGGCCCUGUCUGCAGCGAGAUUUUCUUUGCUUCGAUUGGAAGAAGGACCUCCUCACACGAAGAAUUGGCGUCCUCAAAUCCUUCUGCUCAUCAAAAUGACUCCGGAACUGCAAAUCGAGCAUCGAAAAUACGUUUCCUUCGUUUCCCAACUGAAAGCGGGCAAGGGCUUGACGAUUUGCGCAUCUGUCGUUGGAGGGGAUUAUACAGAAUCGGCUGCUGAAGCUGCCGAAGCCAAACAAACCCUUCAAACUGUGAUGCAGGAAGAACGAGUGAAAGGUUUUGCGGAAAUUCUGAUGGCUAAACAGGUUUCCGAAGGAUUGUGUAACUUGAUACAAACGGUUGGAUUGGGCGGUCUAAAACCUAACACGGUCAUCCUGAGCUGGCCAUAUGGUUGGAGGGAAGACGCAGACGAAGAGCAAUGCUUCGAACAAACAGUAAGAACAUUAACGGCCGCCAAAAUGGCACUCCUCAUCCCCAGAGGAAUUGACUUUUAUCCAGACAAUACGCAGAAAAUCAAUGGCAAUAUCGAUAUUUGGUGGAUAGUACAUGACGGAGGCUUGCUGAUGCUGAUUCCGUUCUUAUUGAAGCAGCAUCGCACAUGGAAAAACUGCAAAUUACGUAUAUUCACCGUGGCUCAAUUCAACGACAACUCUAUACAAAUGAAAAAGGAUUUGAAGCAGUUCUUGUAUCAUCUCAGGAUUGAAGCAGACGUCGAAGUUGUUGAAAUGUCGGACAAAGACAUAUCAGCGUAUGCUUACGAAAGAACAUUAGUCAUGGAGCAACGUACUCAGAUGCUCAGGGAACUGCAGUUGAACAAGAAGGAAAGUUUAGGAGUGACGCUUACUAACGGACUAGAAGAAACUCUACUGGUGCAGUCGGUAGUAGAUCAACAUCACACGAUUGAAAAAACUCCAUCGAAGGUACGAUUCGAAGAACCGAACCCGAAUAACAAAAACGAAAAUUCUACCGAACCCAGCGUUGAACCUACAAACGAGCCUAAGGAAGAUUGCGAAAAUAACACAACGGAAAAAGAAGACGGUGCAUCGGAAAAAGAAAGCCUGAAAGCCCAUAAUAACAGUGACAGUAUCAAUUCUAAAGAAGACGAGAGCGUGUCACUGGAAGCGGACACUUUGAGAAGGGUCCACACUGCAAUGAGGCUCAAUGAAACCAUUAGAUCUAUGUCAAAAGACUCACAACUUGUGAUUUUGAAUUUGCCAAGUCCACCAAAGAGUCCUAAGCCAGGAAAACAAACUUAUUAUUUGGAUUUCCUGGAAGUAUUAUCGGAAGGUAUGGAAAAAGUCCUUAUGGUGAGAGGUGGUGGUCAAGAAGUAAUCACAAUAUACUCAUAAUCCUGCAUGUAAUACUGUGAAAAUGUGGGAUUAACCAUUAGCCUAGCGGGCUAAAAUACAAAAGAAAAACCAAAAGCGACAACGGGGAGAGUAUCUAUAAAAAGUAAAACAAAGUUUUAGAUAAGAUGUUUACAGUAUUUCAAAAAAUAAAUAAAUAAAUAAAUAUAUAUACAUAUACUAGGAAGUUAAAAUAAAAAGGAAUAGUGAUUAUAACCAAAGAAAAAAAUUAUUUAUUCUUUCUAAUGUUAGAAAAUGUAUUAUUCCGAAGACUAAUAGAGUUUCCGUUUAAAUAAGGAACUUCAUCGUCUUCAUCGUGAUUCUUUAUCCUCAUAGCUGUUUUAAAUCAAAAUGAUUGUUCCAUGAAGUGCUCAUUUUUCUACAAAAAAAAACUAUACCGGCCGAUUUUAGUGAUUCGAACGAAUUUUCCCUGAAUAAACUGAAAAAAUCGAUGCUUCAAAGUAAUUUAAUGUGAUUGGCGUCUUUUUUAAUAAAAAUAAAUAAAAGAAAAUAAUAAUAUUAACUAAUAGCGAGGCGCAAGGAGAAUAAUAGCGAUGUAAUCAAUACGGCGUGAUUUGCAAAGAGUUUUAUUACGAGUUAUCACGAUAACUAAAACUAAAACUGACACUUUACCAUCAACUUAAAAAGAUUUCCCUUUUCAUUCCAAAGGAUCGUUGCUUUUGUGGGAAUAUUUAAAAAGAUAUUGUUGGCCUUAUUUUAUCCCAACUUUUGCAAUUUUUUGUUUACACGCUAGGAAAGAACUAGGUAAAUACGAAUGUUUAUAUAAACUUUCUCAAGCUAUCUCUAUUUACCUAAUAUGAUACAUGACCGACAAUUGUAACGCCUUUUACAGUCAGUUUUAAAUUAAUAUUGCAGUCGUUUUCAGAAUAGUAAAGUGUCGGGAGUUAGUUGAGAAUAUUUUGAUUGAUUUAUUUUAAUAAAUAAUAAUGGGACUCAUUUUACAGGUUAUAUAUACUAUCUUAGACUGUUAGAAUCUAGUCGAAAAAAAGUGCAUUUCUCAAUCCAUCUAAGUCAAGGUGCAUUUACAUUUGAUAAAAAUCUGUUUGAAUUAGAAUAAACCUCCUUAUUUCUUAGUUUAUGUUAGUUAAUAUGUAUCACUGUUAUCUGAAUUGAACUACAUAAUAGAGAAAAUUGUUUGUUGAGUAUUAAAAAUCAAUUUCCUAAACCACAAUUUAGUUAGUUGACCUAAAAUUAUGAAAUUAAAUGUACUUGAACAUUCCUUAUUUCAUUUCUUAAUAAUAUUCAUCUAUACAGGGUAUACAGUCUUCAGUAACUGCAAAUAUUUUCAGGGCUGGCAGAUCUGGAUAAAAGAAACAUAUUUUCUCUGUACAAAUAAACCCAAUAUA